AUGGUCAAAACACGCUGGUCCUCAUCUGCAACUGCUCUCUCGUUGCUGCUCAACACGUUCUACGCCCCCACCGUCAGUGCCAUACAAACCAUCUCGGCGGUUGGUUCCAAAUUCUUCUAUGAAGAUGGCACCCAAUACUACAUCAAAGGCAUCGCCUAUCAACUCAUUCCCGAAGAUCCCCUGAUUGACACCGCUCAAUGCACGCGAGAUGCCGCCCGCAUGGCCGAGUUGGGCACCAAUGCAAUCCGUGUGUACCAUGUGGACCCUAAAGCCAACCACGACGGAUGCAUGAAAGCUUUCGCAGAUGCAGGCAUUUACCUGUUCGUCGAUCUCGACACGUUCGACACCGCGAUCUCUCAGGACGACCCCCACUGGGACCAAUCCCAAUUCGACAGCUUCAAAGCCGUGCUGGAUGCCUUCCAGAAAUACGAUAACACCGCCGGUGUCUUCGUCGGUAACGAAGUCCUCACCACCAAGGACGGCUCUGCCGCCGCCCCCUACGUGCUAGCCGCAGCCCGCGACAUCAAAUCCUAUCGCAAUGCGCAACACUACCGCUCCAUCCCAGUCGGCUAUUCGGCCGCUGACAUCGCUGAGCUGCGCCCCAUGCUGCAGAACUACCUAGCCUGUCGCUCUGACCCCGCCGAACGGCUCGAUUUCUUCUCCCUCAACGCCUACGAAUGGUGCGGUGACUCCUCAUACGAGCAGUCCGGCUACGAGUCCCUCCAGGACCAAGCGGCCGGCUACCCCAUCCCCAUCUUCUUCUCCGAAACAGGAUGCAACGUAGCUCGUCCCCGCACCUUCUCCGACCAGGCCGCUAUCUUCGGUGACCACAUGUCGGGCACCUGGUCUGGCGCCAUGAUCUACGAAUGGAUCGAGGAGACAAAUGACUACGGCCUGAUCGAGUAUGGUCCCCCCGGCGCGGACACUCCCCCGACUGCUACCAAGGAUCUCGUCGUCCAGGACGGCUUCACUCGUCAGGGUGAACCCACUCCCAUCCAACCUGACUUCGAUAAUCUCAAGAACCAGUGGGCUACGCUCCACCCUACUGGCGUCGCUCUGUCCGACUAUGUUAAAUCCACCGCUGCGAUCUCCCCUCCGGAAUGCCCUGCCUCCACGGACGGUGGAUGGGCCGUGGAUCCAUCCGCCCCGCUCCCAACUAUCGGUCAGGCAUUCGUCCCUGCUGAUGAUGAUGAUAAAUCUAGUGAUAGCCAACGUGACGGUGCUGCCUCGCCUGCUUCCGCCACUGCAACUACCACUGGUACUGCAUCCGAGUCAGGAGCAGACGGUUCAGACUCUUCCAACUCUUCAUCGGGUCAGCAGUCUUCUUCCUCUUCAAGUACAGGUCCAAGCGGGGUAGCUGCUUACAGCCCAUCGAGCGGGGCUCUGUCCAUGCAUGCUGGGAACGGUGGCUUUCUGUUCCGUCUUGAUAUAUCUGCACUAUUUUGCGCGGUUAUUGGGGGCGUGGCGUGGUGGCUGUAGGUGAUUGGAUGGAUGCAGAUGCAGAUGCAUGUGAGUGUGGUCGGGUAUUUUUAUCAUCCACCACCAUUGGGGCUUUCUUAUUUACUUUCUACUUCUAUUACUCUAUUCCAUAUUUGGUAUUUGAUAUGGAUAUCUACUUUAUGACGGGUCUGAUGAUGUAUUGGAAUCUAGGAAUGGAUGAUUUGAGGCGUUGAUAUAAGGGUGUUCUAUGGGAUGGGGAUUGGUAUGAAUGGUGGAGAAUAAACUACUGGGUAGUCAUGGCGGGAUUAUGAGAAUAGAUCUAUUGUCGUUUCGAUGCCAUCUUUUCUUUUCCGCGUAUCUACACUCACUACAGGGGUACAUUAGAGGAAAUGUAUGCAUAAGAGAGAUAUAGGAUCUGAUUAAACAACUA